GCAAAACGUUUUCGUUAUUUUAUGAAAUUCUUGUGAAACUGAAACACUUUUUUCAUAAUUGAAUCGAUAUUAGCGACUCGAGGUGUGCAGCUACAGUGGAUACAAAAUCUACCCAAGUCAUGGGAAAAGAUAUAUACGUCUAGAUGGAAAGUCUUUCAAUAUCCUGGACGAAUUUGGAUAGAAGGUUGAGGGAAGUUGUUCGGAUGGGGGAAGAGCAGUAUGGAUUCAUACCGGGGAGAGGAACGACGGAUGCGUGUUUUGUGUUGAGGCAGCUGCAGGAGAAAUUUUUGGAGAAGGACAGAGAAUUGUAUAUGGUGUUUGUAGAUUUGGAGAAGGCGUUUGAUAGAGUUCCAAGAAAGGUGAUCGAGUACGCGCUGCGUAAGAAAGGUGUGACAGAGAAUAUGGCUCGGGCAGUUAUGGAGACUUAUGAAGGUGUAGAGGCGGUGGUUACGGAGGAAGGUGUUAGAUCUGGUGUUUUUGAGGUAAAAGUUGGUGUUCAUCAAGGUUCAGUCUUGUCGCCGUUACUGUUUGCUUGUGUGAUGGAUGUACUGACAGAGGAAGUGAGAAGAAAAGAAGGAUGCUGGUGUUUGUUGUAUGCAGAUGACAUUGUCUUGGUGGCGGAGUCGAAGCAGAAAGUCAUGGAAUGGUACCGAGAAUGGAAAACGGCAAUAGAAGUCAAGGGACUGAAAGUGAAUGAGGCAAAGACGAAGGGCAUGAGAUGCUCGAGGCAGGUGGAGGUGAAGGACAGUGAUAAAUGGCCAUGUGGUGUGUGGGAAAGAGUUGGAGUGAAUUCGAUAAUGUGGGAAAUGCAAGUAACUGAUUUUGAGUGCGGGACGUGUCGAAGUGGUGGGCGAGUCGCGAUUGAACGGUUUGAACUGGGUGACGUGAGUUUGGAAGGUGUAUCAGAGUUUAAAUAUCUGGGCGAUGUGUUAAAUGAUGGUGGAGGGUGCGAGCAAGCGGUGAGGAACAGAGUUCAAGCAGCGUGGUGGAGUUUUAGAGUUUUCGGGAAUGUUGUGCGGAAAGUCCACUUCGUUGAAGCAGAAGGGAAUUACUGGCCGGUAUAUAAAUGUUGUUUGUUUGUUUGUUUGUUUGUUUUCAAUAUCCUGGACAAAAAAUGUGAGAGAUCCUUCUUGAUGAGAGGAAAUCCACGAAAGAUUUCAUGGACUGUCCUUUACCGUAGAAAACACAAAAAGGGCUCAGUUGAAGAGGUCUCGAAAAAGAGAACAAGACGAAACGUUAAAUUCCAACGAGCCAUCCAGGGUGCAACUCUUGAAACUAUUUUGGCCAAACGCAAUCAGAAGCCUGAAGUAAGAAAAGCACAAAGAGAGCAGGCAAUAAGAGCUGCUAAAGAUAAAAUCAGGAAAAAGAAGGAGGCUAAAAAGAUGACAAAGGCUGCACAACAACCAGUGAAGACAAAAGCUCCAACAAAACAAAAAGGUGGAAGAAGUACUGGUCGUGUUGGUGGAAAACGUUGAAUGUAAAUUAUCACGCAUUUCACUAUAAUAAAUGGUCAUGGUUUAA